ACUUUGAUGAAUCACGUGUGUUGAGGCCCUCUUAAAGAGAUAGGCACCAACUAAUUUCUCCACCCUAAACACCGCCCUGAGGGCGGCGGCAGCGGUCGUGGUAAUUGUAUCUGCUCAGGGGCAAGGCUUGUCCUAGCGCUGAGUAGUGGCAACGGCGUGUGGCGUCUGGGGUGCCUGGGAACCCGGAGUACCGGGGGCCUGAAAUCGGCAGCUUCGUAGGCAUACACACUCCCCCUCGGGAAGAGGUGCUGCCGAAUCAGCGCGGGGCAGCGGGACCGCCCCGAGGGGCUUCCUUAGUGGAGGAGAGGUGGGGUUACAGGGCACAGGUGACAGGGCCGGAGAAAGAUGGAGCAUCCCGGGGCGGCGGCGUCGGGAGCGGGAGGCGGCAGCGAGGAACCCAGUGGGGGCCGGAGCAACAAGCGGAGCACGGGGAACCGCGCCGCUAACGAAGAGGAAACGAAAAACAAGCCCAAAUUGAACAUUCAAAUAAAAACUUUGGCAGAUGAUGUGCGUGACCGAAUUACAAAUUUUAGAAAAUCUACUGUCAAAAAAGAAAAACCUCUUAUUCAACAUCCUAUCGAUUCUCAAGUUGCGAUGAGUGAAUUUCCAGCAGCUCAGCCAUUAUACGAUGAACGAUCUUUGAAUUUGUCAGAAAAGGAAGUACUGGAUCUCUUUGAAAAAAUGAUGGAGGACAUGAACCUUAAUGAAGAACGAAAAGCUCCUUUACGAAACAAAGAUUUUAUCACCAAGCGUGAGAUGGUUGUCCAGUAUAUUUCUGCUACAGCCAAAUCUAUAGUUGGAAGUAAAGUUACGGGAGGGCUGAGAAACAGCAAACAUGAAUGCACCCUGUCUUCUCAAGAAUACGUUCAUGAAUUACGAUCUGGUAUUUCAGAUGAGAAACUUCUUAACUGCCUAGAAUCCCUGAGGGUUUCUUUAACCAGCAAUCCUGUCAGCUGGGUUAACAACUUUGGCUAUGAAGGUCUUGGACUCUUAUUGGAUGUGCUGGAAAAGCUUCUGGACAAGAAACAGCAAGAAAAUAUUGACAAGAAGAAUCAGUAUAAACUUAUCCAGUGCCUCAAAGCAUUUAUGAAUAAUAAGUUUGGAUUGCAAAGGAUUCUAGGAGAUGAAAGAAGUCUUUUACUAUUGGCAAGAGCAAUUGACCCUAAACAACCCAACAUGAUGACUGAAAUAGUAAAAAUACUUUCUGCUAUUUGUAUUGUUGGAGAAGAGAACAUUUUAGAUAAACUUUUAGGGGCUAUAUCUGCAGCAGCAGAAAGAAAUAACAGAGAACGAUUUUCACCAAUUGUGGAAGGAUUAGAAAAUCAUGAAACUGUGCAAUUACAGGUGGCCUGCAUGCAGUUUAUAAAUGCCCUUGUCACUUCCCCUUAUGAUCUGGAUUUUCGAAUACAUUUAAGGAAUGAAUUCCUCCGUUCAGGACUAAAAACAAUGUUACCAGAUCUAAAACAAAAAGAGAAUGAUGAGCUUGAUAUUCAGUUGAAAGUAUUCGAUGAGAACAAAGAGGACGACCUAACUGAAUUAUCACAUCGUCUCAAUGACAUUCGAGCAGAAAUGGAUGAUAUGAAUGAAGUAUACCAUCUUCUGUAUAAUAUGUUGAAGGACACGGCUGCUGAACAUUACCUAUUAUCCAUUCUACAACAUUUUUUGCUCAUCAGAAAUGAUUAUUAUAUCAGGCCACAGUAUUACAAAAUAAUUGAGGAGUGUGUCUCACAGAUAGUGCUGCACUGCAGUGGUAUGGACCCAGAUUUCAAGUAUAGGCAAAGAUUAGACAUUGAUUUAACUCAUCUGAUAGAUUCUUGUGUGAACAAGGCAAAAGUUGAAGAAAGUGAACAAAAAGCAGUGGAAUUUUCAAAGAAGUUUGAUGAAGAAUUCACAGCUCGACAGGAAGCUCAAGCAGAGCUUCAGAAAAAAGAAGAAAAAAUCAAAGAGCUUGAAACAGAAAUCCAGCAACUUCGAACCCAGGGACAUGGGCUCUCAGGUGUAUCAGGAAUUCCAGGCCCGCCUCCAUUGCCAGGUGCUGGGCCAUCCCCACCACCACCUCCACCACCACCACCUCUACCCGGAGGAGCUCCCCCUCCUCCUCCACCUCCUUUACCUGGAAUGAUUGGUGGUGUACCACCGCCACCACCACCACCACCUUUGUUUGGGGGGCCUCCUCCUCCACCUCCUCUUGGAGGAGUUCCUCCUCCCCCAGGAGCACCAAUAGAUCUGCCUUUUGGAAUGAAGCAGAAAAAAAUAUAUACACCUGAGGUGUCCAUGAAGCGAAUCAACUGGUCAAAGAUUGAACCCAAAGAAUUAUCUGAGAACUGUUUCUGGUUAAAAGUUAAGGAGGACAAGUUUGAAAAUCCAGAUCUCUUUGCAAAAUUGUCACUGAAUUUUGCUACCCAGAUAAAAGUUCAAAAGAAGGCAGAAGGUUCAGAAGAAAAGAAGACCCUGCCUACAAAGAAGAGAGUGAAAGAGUUGAGAGUUUUAGAUCCUAAAACAGCCCAGAAUCUGUCCAUCUUCCUAGGAUCAUACCGUAUGCCAUAUGAAGAUAUAAAAAACGCUAUUCUGGAGGUCAAUGAAGACAUGUUGAGUGAGGCCUUAAUUCAGAACCUUAUAAAACACCUUCCUGAGCAGACGGUACUCAAUGAAUUAGCAAAGCUGAAGAAUGAAUAUGAUGACCUUUGUGAGCCUGAACAAUUUGGAGUCGUGAUGAGCUCAGUGAAAAUGUUGAAGCCUCGUCUCAAUAGCAUUCUUUUUAAACUCACGUUUGAAGAACACAUAAACAACAUCAAACCAAGCAUCAUAGCAGUAACUCUUGCCUGUGAAGAACUGAAGAAAAGUGAAAGCUUUAACAGACUUUUAGAGUUAGUUCUUCUGGUUGGAAACUACAUGAACUCAGGCUCAAGAAAUGCCCAGUCUCUGGGUUUUAAGAUCAACUUCCUUUGUAAGAUCAGAGAUACUAAAUCAGCAGAUCAAAAGACAACCCUCUUGCAUUUUCUUGCUGAAAUUUGUGAGGAAAAAUACCGGGAUAUUCUGAAAUUUCCUGAAGAACUGGAACACGUAGAAAGUGCAAGCAAAGUUUCAGCUCAAAUUCUCAAGAGCAACCUUGCAGCAAUGGAACGACAAAUUGUUCAUCUGGAAGGUGACAUCAAGAAAUUCCCUCAGACAGGAAAUGAACGUGAUAAGUUCGUGGAAAAGAUGACGAGCUUUACAAAGACUGCCAGAGACCAGUAUGAAAAACUGCUCACCAUGCACAACAAUAUGGUAAAGCUCUAUGAGAGUCUUGGAGAAUACUUUAUUUUCGACUCUAAGACAGUGAGCAUAGAAGAGUUUUUUGGUGAUCUCAGCAACUUCCGAACUUUGUUUCUGGAAGCAGUGAAAGAGAACAAUAAGAGACAAGAAAUGGAAGAAAAGACUAGGAGGGCAAAACUUGCAAAAGAAAAAGCUGAACAAGAGAAGUUGGAACGCCAGAAGAAAAAGAAGCAACUUAUUGAUAUAAACAAAGAGGGUGAUGAAACUGGCGUGAUGGAUAAUCUUCUAGAAGCCCUACAGUCAGGUGCAGCAUUUCGAGACCGCAGAAAGCGGAUUCCGAGGAAUCCAGAUAACAGACGAGUACCUUUGGAAAGGUCACGCUCUCGCCACAAUGGAGCUAGCUCAUCUAAGUGAUUCCUGAUGCCAAAGAAUAUAAAAAUAUUUAAGUAAACAAAAUCAAGCAUUUUGAGAACAAAACAUGCACUCAAGGGAUGGAGAGGAAAUAAGUGCAUUUCUGCAAAGAUCAAGCUAAGCCAGAUGAAACAGCCUGCAUUUGUAAAGCUAUUGCAAGACUCCUCUCACAAUUCUACUAUGAACACAAUUACCAGGAUUAUAAAAUGUGUGCUCCAUUUUAAUGUAGAGAUGCAUAUUUUUUCUUAUUGUGAGUGACCUGAUGAUGAUGAUGAAAAGUGUAAGAAAUUGAAGAGUUCUAAGGCUUUCGAAAACAUUCAUUCUGUCAGAAAUUUACUAUGUUACUCAAAUUUGCAGUCCACGUCCCUAAAAAAGAAACAAGAAAAAUAAUAGAAUUAUUCAGUGUCUGCUUUGAUUCCUGUUGAACAGAAAAGGAAAAGACCAAUGAAAAUGUGUGUAUUAACUCUGUAAGAGAAGCCAUUUUAGAAUCUCAGAAAAAGUACUGCUUCACUGCCAUCAAGUUAUUUAGAAUCUUAUCUCAAGUCAGAGCUGAUGGAUUUUCAUCUGCUUUGGCUGAAAUUAAAUUUAUCAUUAAGCUAGCAUUUUCAGCAUGAUAUUGCAGGCACUUAUCAUUGCUAAAAAUAAACCAAAGUUUAAUGGAAGCAGUUAGAGAAAGUGAUCAAAACUUUAUUGAAAGGAGUAUUUUCUAAUUAUGCACAUAUAUCUACUUUAUACAAAUACUUUAAAUGGCUAUUUUUGAGAAAAACCUCACAUUUUAAUGUUUAUGCUAGGGAUGAACCUGAAAAUUCUAUUACCUUUAUUUAGAUUUUUAAGGGUAAAUAUUGAGUCCUAAUCUCUGUGGUUUAUUUCUUCUAUUUUUCUUUCUCCCAUGACCCUCUUGACAGCAGGGAAUAGAGUUCUAGAAGACCUGAGAAGAAAAAGAUUUCUCUCUGCAGGAGGCAGCAGAAAAAUAAAAGGUCAAUUGUUUCAUGUUUUUCUACUCCCCUUUCCAACUCUGCCUCGGUGGUCUGGAGAAGAAAAAGAAAUUAUACGUGUGUAGGUGUACGUAUGUGUAUAUAUUUAUAGCUCCUGCUACAAUAAUUCCACAUCUCAGUGACUAAGUGAACUUCUCAGUCAUCAUCAUACUUACUUACCUUAUAUUAACAAAUUAAAAUGAUGCUGCCAUAAACAACUCCAGGAGAAAAAUAGGCCCUACAUUGUUCUUAAAUCAAUGAGGGAGUAAGAGUUAUACUUAACUUGUCUAUUGUUUUCAAAUAUGCAUUGAAAUAAUGUGGUAUAACUUCUCUGGAGUGCAAUUUUAAAACUAAUCCAUGCAGGUGAUUGCGAUUCUUGUAAAAGAUUUCUUAUACGUAUAUAUCUUAGAGAAUCUUAUUUCUACUCCUCCAAAGCACAUUCUAGACAUUCAGCAAGAACAGACUGGCUUGGCAAGUCACCACUUGAGAUAAAGUAAACAAGUGACCAAUAGCUCAGAGUUUCUUUUAUAUAGAUGUAUAAUGACUCAAACUGCUGCCUUUUCCUCCAGUGCACUCUUACUUGGGUGUUAUACUUUAAAAAGCUAUGAAGCUGCUACAGUAGAGAAAUCAAAAAGAAUAAUAGUAUCUGAGAUUUUACAGUUUUUUUCUCAUCUUAAGAUGCACAUAGGCAUACACAGACAAUUUUAAGAGACAUAUCAAUAUCACACUGUUUUUUAACAAAGAUUUAGGUUCUACUAAUUUAUAUAAAUACUUAAUGUGUGUAUUUUGGACUUCACAAAGUCUUUUCUGAAAUAUUCAUGGUAUGGUUUUAGUAUUUUGAUAGAUUUUUAGGCUAUAGGAAAAUGACAUUAUAAAAUAUUAACCUUGACUAAAAUUUAGGGGCAUUUGCCAUGCCAUAUUAUCAAGCUGGUUAAGGUGGAAACACUGAUGUGUAUCACCUUUUCCAGAUGUGAACUUGCCUUAUUUUUUAGUUUGUGGGGGAAAAAUGAAGUACUAUUGUGGAUAAAUUUAUAUUUCUAUUUAGAGUAACCCCACAUGCUUUUCACAAACAUUAUGAAGCCUUUUCAGGGUCUUUCAUGAAGUUUCAGUAAUUGAGUUCAGGGGAUUGCUUCCCAGAUUUAGAAUGGUCCUGCUCUAGCCAUUUGCAGUUUUGUUUUACGUAGAAGAAUAUCACCCAAAAAUAAGUACAUAGUCACAAUUUUAAUAUAGGAGCAAAUUAUACUAAUGUCUUUUGUUGGGUUUAUUACUACCACAUGUGAGAAGUACCAAUUUAUGAAGAUUUUCUUCAGAAUGUUUUUUUGCAAGUACAAAACCCUUAAAUUGUUUACUAAUUAAAUUAGUUUCCUUUAACUGCUAUAACAAAUUACCACAAACUCCGAAAUUUACUCUCUCAAGGUCCUGGUGGCUAGAUAUUCAAAACCAAGGGCCAUGCUUUCUCCAGAGGUUCUAGAGGAAAAUCUUCCCUUACCUCUUUCAUCUUCUGGUGGCCGUUGGCAUUCCUUGAGUUAUGGUUGCAUCUCUCUUCACAUUAUCUUCUCUGCCUCUCAUAAGAACACAUUUACGUUGGCAUCUAGGGCUCACCCAGAGAAUCCAGGAUAAUUUCAUCUGAAGAUCCUAAAUUGAAUUACAUCUGCAAGACUCUUUUUUUUCCAAAUAAGGUAACAUUCACAAGUUCUGGGGAUUAGGGUGUGGAUAUCUCUUUUUUGGCCCACUACAGUCUGUCUUCUGGCCCCCCAAAAUUUAGGUCUGUCCCAUGUGCAAGAUAUCUUCACUUCAUCUCAACAUUCCCAAAAGUCUCAACUCAUUACAGUAUCAACUCUAAGUCUAGAAUCUUAUUCAAACAUCAUCAGUUCAAAAGUCUGACAUCUUAUCUAGAUCAUCUAAAUCAGGUAUAGGUAAAAUUCCUGGGGCAAAAUUCCUCUCCAUCUAUGGAUCAAUGAAACAAGACAGCAAAUCAUCUGCUUCCAAAAUACAAUGGUGGGACAGGUACUGAAUUAUAAUUAUAGACAUUCCUAUUCCAAAAAGGAGAAGAUGGAAAGCAUCUAUCCCGAUGAUUUUCAAAAUUCAUACAGCAAAAUCCCCUUAGGAUUUGAGGUCUGACAAUAAUCCUUCUUGUCUCAGGGCUCCGCUCUUUAGGCCUGUAGUUCUGCCCUUUUGGCCCAUGGAUUGAGUCUCUCCCUCUCUGCUAAUGGCUUGCACUUCUGUAUCUGCUCCCAUGCUUGGGCCUAUGCCACUGUAUCUGUAGCUCUGCCCUAGGAGUGAACCUUUAUAUUGAAGGAUAGCACAUGUAUGCAAUUUUAUCAGCCCGUUCCCUGUCUGUAAAAUUUUGGCAGUAUGACAACUUUCUCUCACUUUGUCUCUGUCCCUUUCAGGCCAACCUGGAAGUAUUUCUGCUGGUAUAACAUUCUCAAAAACUCUUUGGGCUUAUCACAUAUGUCACAUUGAUUCAAUAGUGAGACAAGAGAGUCCUCACAGAUCUUUGCUGGAUAACCUCAUCUCUAUUCUGGCUUCUGAGAUGGUUGAGCAGAUCCAUUAAUCAACACCUAAUCUCUCCAACACUAGCCAAAGAUUGUCCAGCCACACCCUUGGCUUUAUCUCCAGAGCAUACUAUCCAAAUAGUGAGUCUCUAAUUUUAGCCUCUUUUAUAAUCUGAAUAGGCUCAAAAUUUCCUGAAUCAUGAAAUGUUGGUUCCUUGCUGCUUAACAGUUCUUUCCUCAAUUUCUCUCUUUCCUCUUGUAUUUUACUGUAAGCUCAAGAAGAAACUCGGCCAUAUCAUCAAUACUUUGCUUGGAAAUCUCAGCUAAAUAUAGCCAAGUUUAUCACUUACAAAUUCUACUUUCCAUACAACUGUUGGAGACAAUUCAGAUAACCCUUCUGCCACUAUAUAACAAGGAUCACUUUUCCUCCAGUUUCCAAUAAAAUGUACCUCAGUUCCUUCUAAACCCUUAUCAGAAGUACCUUUAACAAACAGUCUAUUUAAGGCAAUCUAUGCUUUCUCUAUCAUAUGCAGCAAAAUUCUUCUAGCCUCUACCCAUUACCCACCUCCAAGGCCAAUUCCAUACUUCUAGGUAUUUGAUAUUAGCAGGACCUUACUUCCUGGUACCAAAAUCUGUAUUAGGUUCCUUUGGCUGCUGUAACAGAUUACUCCAAAUGUUGUAGCUUAAAACAACAGAUAUUCUCUUACUGUUUUGGAGGCCAGAAGUCCUAAACUGAGGUGUUGGCAAGGCUACACUCCCUCUGGAAGCUUUAGAGGGAAAUCUGCUCCCAACCUCUUCCAGUUUCUUGUGACUCAUCAUUCCUUGGCUUGUGGCCAACUUUCUCUCUGCUCUACACAUCACCUUUCCCUUUGUAUAUCUAAUCUACCUCUGCUUCCCUCUUAUAAGGACACUUUUGAUGGCAUUUAGGGCCCAGCCAGUUUAUCCAUAAUAAUCUCCUUAUCUUGAGAUCCCUGAAUUACAUCUGUGAAGAUCCUUUUUCCAAAUAAGGUAACAUCACAGGUUCUGGGAAUUAGGACAUUGACAUACCUUUGGGGAGCUACCAUUCAGCUCACUGCACUAGUCAUUGCACAUAAUUGUACUUCUCACUUUUUAAAAUGCAUCCUUGGUGCUCAAGUCAAAUUCAAGGUUGUCCCUAAAAGCUAUUGUCUGCACAGGCUACUGCAUGCUUUGAUGUUAAAUAGCUGAACAGGCUAUUCUAAAAUUUGGUUGAUACUUUUGCCAUUAUGGCCAAUUAACUUGAAAAAAUAACUGGUUCCAAUUCUGAGCUCUGGUGUAUCUCUUCUGCCCCUUUUAUGAAAUCUUUUACCAAAUGACUUAUAUGAUUCAUAACAUAGGCAUAAAACUACUUCUGAUGCAAAAGGGUUCUUUACAUAUUUAUUGUAGAUAUUGUGACUCCCUCAGCUGAAGGGAGAGGUAACAGCAAAGCCUGUUUUGAAUGUGUAUUGAGGGAGAUUGUGCCCAUACCAAGACACCCAGAAGUAUUUCAGUAGCAACACAACUGUAGAUUCAUGCUCUCAUUUUGCCUUGGGAAUAAACAUCUUUCUCUUCACAGGACCAAGAAUGACUUGCAAUCUAUAUGUAAUGCAUACUUACUUAUUCAAUAAAGUUAAGAUAUACAUUAAA